AUGGUUUUUGAUCGAUCGUCUCUGGAAAAGCAGUAUGAAGAUAUCAUCGGCAAACAAAUAGUCACACCUCGACAAAAUGGUGUGGCAGUGCUGCUUUUGAUGGUACUUGCCCUAGGUGCAAGGUAUACUUCGGAAGAACAAGGAUCACAGAUUGGCCUCACUGAGCAAGAGCGAUCCCUAUUGCAAAGUAACAUGUUGACCCAGGUUCGAGCACACUUCUUUGAGAUUCUGGACGCAGGAGGGUUAGAGUGUGUUCAAUGUUGCAUCUUGUUGAGCACAUUUGACCUUUAUAAUGGCAAACCCAAUCUGGCGUUGCCUGUUAUUGGUGCAGGAAUUGGCAUCGCGCAGACACAAGGCUUACACAAAGAGUCACUCUGGGCCCCUGCACCGGAGGGUGUUCUUGAAGUCCGCAGGCGAACUUGGUGGGCGUUAUAUGUGCUCGAUAGGUCUCUACUUCCUUCGCCCGUUGACGCUCAUUGCUCAGUUAGCAUGCCACGAGAUAUGGAGGAUGCACAGGCCGUUCAUCCGUUAUUGAACUCAUUGGAGUACUCGGCAACAACCCACCCAGCACGCGUGACAUUGGGCACAUAUCAGCGCUACAAAUUUGAGCUGUACACUAUUGCCUCUUCGAUAAUUGGCAGCAUAUAUAACCUUGACUCCCCAAAAUUAGGAGAUGUGAGAGACCAAGCUGCAGUUAUCAACACCAAGCUGAUAGAAUGGUUUGAAAGGCUCCCAGCGGAGCUAAGGCUGAAGAACAAUUCUGAAGUGCACACGAGCAACCUGUCGAGUACCGAGCUUGAGGUGUACCGACUUUUCGAGUUACAGGCUUUAGUCCUCCAGUUGGCGUAUGAUAAUGUUCAAAUCAUCCUGCAUCGUCCUUUCCUGCGAUACACUGGUCAGUUGAUCAUGGGCCCCAACCCUCGCAGCCCAGAAAGUCAACCGACUAGUUUUGAUCAAUGCAAACAUUGUGCUCGCCGCACGUGCGGCAUCUUGCCACGAUAUGCACCAGUUCUCCUUGCCGCCAAAGAUACUCACGCAGUAGCAUACAUUGCAAUGCAGAAUUUCACUGCUGGGGUGACUCUUGGUAUGGUAGCAUUGUCAGAUCCAGGUUCUGUACAAUCGCAAGAUGCGAAGAAAGGGGUUGCAAAUUCUAUCUUGCUACAGAAAAACCUCGCCGAGUCAUCUAUCGUUCCAUCACAGACAGUAAACGUUCUCGAAGGACUUCUCCAUCUUAUCUUUCAGCGAGAAAUGCGAGCAUUUCUAGACGGCCCGCCGUUUGAUAUGACCGCUGUGUACAGCCUUAACCCCGAAAGGGACUUGGCAGCCAAUAUCGCGCAAGAGGGUCACGUCUCUGAUGGAGUGGGCCACCUGGAAAAUGAGAGAUUUAACUCGGCGCAGGUGUCUCGCGGUCAGGACAAUACAGGUUAUCCUCCGCAACAUCCGGACGCUGGAGGUAGACUCCAAGUUGCCUCUGAAAUCGAGACAGCAACAGAUCAGGGCUUUGGUGCCUACCCGGCUUCUCUGUUGCAUGCUGGUGUUGAUCAAGCACUUGACUCGGUACAACAGGUUCUUUGGGAGUGUUCGGAUCCUAUGACACAUGUAGGCAACUAUAGGCCGACGGAUGAUGAAAUCUGGGCAGACCGAAGACCCCCAGCUGAAAAUUUACAGCGUUCCAAUGAUGAGGUGCCUUUCAACUCGCAAAUCCCGUCACUCGACCCUUUUCCCGAGAGGUUAAACGAUCUGAACUUGUCACUUCCCGGCCAGAGCUGGGUGUGGAAUUGGACCAAUACACCCUGA